AGCAUGCCCCCUCGAUUCAAAGCAAUUGUCUUCAACCGGUGAAUUCAAACAAUCAUGUUGAGACUACUUCGCACUCCUGUUACCCGCGCCCCGAUUAACCGCGUUCCAGCGGUCUUGUCGUCCCGAGUCGUCGCAAGGGGUCUCCACCCCGAGGUGCAUUCCAUCAAGGGGGACGACUUUUACUUGGCUCCCACUUUCCCCGACGAUUUUGAAUCCCCGACGAUGUACAGGAACAACAUUGGAACGAGUCAGUGGGACGAGAUCCACGCCACAUUCAGCGAGGCUUCGGUCAAGGCCGACCGUGGCGAUAUCAGCUUCGAGACCGUGUCUGAACGGGGAUUGGAAGGGCUGGCACCUGAGGAGAUGGUGCCCAAAAUGGACGAGAUGUAGCUAUGUCUUUGCCUUCGAGACUGCUUCUGACGGGCAUUCUUGAUCAAAUUGGGUCGUUGGCAUUGGGAAUUCAGUAUGGAUUUGUGUAUCAUCGGAAUCUGAUACUAUUUUUCAAUCGGAUUCUCUUGCUUGUCAUUGUCUCAAGACCUACUUGACUUCCUCCACCUGGUGCACCAUACCAUCCACCUUCGCCUCAACAUCUCUCUCCUGCGCGUGCUGUCCUGGCAUGACGGUUCUCCCUCCCUUGGAA